AUGAUUGGAUUCUUCAAUCCACUGUACGAUCACAUCUGUCGAAUCAUCAAUCGCCAAUUCAACCAAUUAGCUUAUGACAGAAUUGAUCAAUUAAAUUCAUGGUUCACGCCAAUGGUGAUUGGAGCUUUGACUUUGGCAAUUUCUUGCAAACAAUAUUUCGGCCAACCUUUGAAAUGCUGGACACCUCGAGAAUUUUCGGGCAGUUGGGAUGGCUAUGUUCAUGAUUAUUGUUUUAUUGAAGACACUUAUUUUGUGCCAAAUGGAACUGAAAUUACGGAUGUUGCCAGAGGAGAUCGACAGAUAAAUUAUUAUCGAUGGGUUCCUCUUGUUUUGAUGUUGCAGGCUUUGCUGUUUGUCAUUCCGUAUAUGAUAUGGAAUGUUAUGCAUAAACGAACAUCUAUUAAUUUGAAAGGAUCGUUAAGAAUGUAUCAAAAGCAAUUAAAAACUAGUGGAAGUGCGAAAGCAAAUGAAUCAUUUGCCAUAGAAUUAACGGAGAAGUUGGAAAAAAUUAAUGAAGAAAAUCGAACAGUGAGUUUUAAGUUCUCAUUUUACUUUUUGACUUCAUUGAAAUCAUCUUAUAUUUCAUUUUUAGCUUGCCGCAUGUCAGACCACAAUUCAUUAUUUUCUGCUCAAAAUAUUAUAUAUUUUCAACUGUGUCCUUCAAAUGUUCAUCAUCAAAAGGUUCUUGAACUUAGACGAUUACCUCUGGGGAUUUGAACAUUUGUGGAAUGUAGAGUUUAAUGGAACUGCCGAACAUGAAAACAGUAUUUUUCCGCGUGUGGUACUUUGCGAUUUUGUUAUCCGAAUGCUCGGUCAGAAACACAGACAUACUGUUUCGUGUAUUAUGAUGUUAAAUAUGAUUAUUGAAAAAGUUUACAUUGGUUUAUACUUUUGGUGAGUGAAAAAUAGAAUUUUUUCAAAAAGGUUUCAACAUUUUUUAGGAUCGUAUUUGUUUUUAUCGCCACCACAACAGCAUUGUUCACAUUUGCCAUUCAGAUGCUGUUCAGAAAACACUCACUCAUUCCAACCAAUUUGAAACGACACGAUCUCAUGAAUCCAGAAAGAACUCGACAAUUUAUCAACAACUAUUUGAACAUGGAUGGAGUUCUUCUUAUUACAUUUCUUGAUGCACAAUUUGGUGCCUAUAGAACAUCACAAGUUGUUGAUGAAUUAGUUAAGAUAUUCGUGAAGAAUGUUAGUGUAUCAAAAAAUUUAAAAAAAAUUAUUUCAACAAUUUUCAGAAAUCGUCUGCAAAUUCCUUAUCUUCUCUUUUUGAGAAUAAACUUGAAACUUAUGCAAAAGUUCCAUUUGUUGACUCGAACAUUCAUAUUUCUGGAUUGAAAACUAUGAAUCAACUUCCAAAUGGUGGUAGUCUUGGUGAUUUGAAAGAAGGAAUUCAAAAGAUAAUGAAAAUCGAUGAAGUUAAUGCAACUGUUCCAGAAGAAGAAAAGAAAACGGCAUAA